CAACCCGACCCAUUUCUUGCCGGCCCCAAAUACCCAAACCCACUUUCCACCCGACCCAAAAUCGGCGCCGAUCCGAUCUUCCUGGGCUCCUCCCAUUACCAGAACCCAACUUCGGAGCUUCGAGAACAGUUGUGUCGGGCACAAACGCGCAGAGAGGGGGGAGAGAAGAGUACAGGGGAGAAGAAAUGUACAAGAACCAGCUGCAAGAGCUGGCCCAAAGAAGCUGCUUCAACUUGCCUUCCUACACGUGCAUUCGGGAAGGUACGGACCUCGCCUGACCUCACCAAGGUCACCAUCAUCAAAUUCCUCUGUAACCCAUCGACUUCUCCCACCGCGCCUCCGACGCCGUCCUCUACAAACCCCUUCGACCUCACCAUCUGGGGCGACUCGCCCGACCCGCCCGAGUCAACCAAGUCCCUCGUCGUCUGCAACCCUCUGACUCGUCAGUUCCGGGUCCUCCCUCAGCUCGGCUCGGCCUGGUCGCGCCACGGCUCGGUCUUCGUUGACUCCCAAACUCGAGUCAUGGUCCUCACCGAGCUCGCCGCGCUCUACUUCUCCGGUUCUAACCAGUGGCUCAAGUUCUCAUCGAACCUCCCGUCAAAACCCAGAAGCCCAAUCUUGGUGUUCGACUCGGUUUAUGCCCUCUGCGAUGUGGGUUCGCCGUGGAGGAGUGAAUGGAAGCUGUUCCACUGCACAAUUUCGAAGCUCAAGACCUCGCAGACUUGGACUCGGCUCGAAAAGCACGAGUGGGGGGACGUCUUCGACAUCCUGAAAAGACCCCGUUUGGUUUGCGGAAAUGGGAACAAGGUGCUGAUGGUUGGUGGGUUGAAGUCGUCUUUCUCACUGAACGCUUCGUGUUCGACGAUUUUGAUUCUGAAGUUGGACUUAGAUAGCUUGGAGUGGGACGAGGCGGGCCGAAUGCCGGUGGAGAUGUUCAAGUGCUUUCAAGAGUCGAGCAAGUUCAAGGUGUUUGGUGGCGGCGAUAGGGUCUGUUUUUCUGCAAAGAGAAUUGGGAGAUUGGCUUUGUGGGACCGUUGUUCCGAGAAAGCUGAGUGGCGGUGGAUUGAUGGGAUGGCCGCAACUGCCAUGGGAGUCUACUGUGCUAGUAGGUAUGCUGCUGACAUUGGCAUGAGGAGGGAUGUAGUGAAGGUGUCGGUCGAGGAUAUGGCGAGGAGAGUGGCAGCUGGCCUGCUCCAGGUGGCCGAUGCCCAAAUCACAGCGGCCCCAAUCGCGGCCCUUGCAGGAGGUUCUUCGAACCUUGUCGCUUGAUAGUUUGAUUGUUUUUAUUACAUUAAUAAGCACUGGUGCAAUGACAUCUGCUGUUUAA